UUGCGCGCGCAGGAAGCUAAAGCUGGGGGAGUUCAAGAUGGCCGCGGCCGUGUUCCCGGCUUUGCUGCGGCGCUGGAGGGUCGGCGUGCAGCCGGGCGGCGCGCUGCGGCGGCUGAGCCAGACCCAGGGGCCUCCCAGUUACCCCCGCUUUGUGGAGUCUGUGGAUGAAUACCAGUUUGUGGAACGCCUGAUACCCCCCACCAGCGUUCCGGAGCCCCCGAAGCAUGAACAUUAUCCUACUCCUAGUGGCUGGCAGCCCCCCAGAGACCCUCCACCCAACCUGCCUUACUUUGUGCGGCGCUCUCGGAUGCACAACAUCCCUGUCUAUAAAGACAUCACACAUGGCAACCGUCAGAUGACUGUGAUCCGGAAGGUGGAGGGAGACAUUUGGGCCCUGCAGAAGGAUGUGGAAGACUUUCUGAGCCCACUGCUGGGGAAGACACCUAUCACCCAGGUCAAUGAGGUGACAGGUACCCUGCGGAUCAAGGGCUACUUUGACCAGCAGCUAAAAACCUGGCUCUUAGAGAAGGGCUUCUGAGGCCUAGCUGAGCAGCCUGCAUGACAGCAUCCCCCACAGACUGGAGUCCAGGGGACCUCAGGAGGGAGGCGGGUGUUGAAGCAACUAGGAUUGGGGUACAGGCUAGGGCUGAGGGCUUGGGCAAGGUAGAGUGAGGGCUUUGGAGCAGACCUUGCUUGCAUAAAGGGGGAAACAGGACCAUCUGCACAGAUGCCAGCACUGAGGGGGGGGCUGUCUUACAUUGGAGACCCACUAGAAACAGCUGAGCUAGUGGGGGGCAUUAGUUGCUGUCCCCCCUGCCCCUGAUUUUGGUCUAUUCCUGCUUUUUCUUCAUUGGAGCUACUGGAGUCAGUUAUUCAAAUUCUGGAGGUUGUUGACUGCCCCUCUGGUGUUUCGGGGAGGAUAGCACAGGACAGAACCUUCCUUGGUCCUUAGACUUCCUGCUGCAAACAUUCCCAAGCUCUUCCUCUAGCCCAGUGGUUCUCAACCUUCUGGCCCUUUAAAUACAGUUCCUCAUGUUGUGACCCAAACAUAAAAUUAUUUUUGUUGCUACUUCAUAACUGUAAUGUUGCUACUGUUAUGAAUCGUAAUGUAAAUAUCUGAUAUGCAGGAUGGUCUUAAGGGACCCCUGUGAAAGGGUCGUUCGACAGCCAAAGGGGUCUCGACCCACAGGUUGAGAACCGCUGCUCUAGCCAGACCUGGCUUAUGGAGGCUACGGAGAACACAGAUGACUGACAUGGGUCCUGGCAGCCUUCAAUCACAUGUGCAGGGCUGGGCAUGGGGCACAGCGUGCCCUUGUCAGCCCCUGAGCUCAUCGUUUCUACCCAUGGUGAGGCAGAAGGCUCACUCACCUCUGCUCUAUUCCAGAGUUAGGCCUGAUUGGGUUUCCAGCUCCAAUAAUUAGUGAUUCUCUGUAGCUGAUCUGCCCACAAGGGGGUGCUUGGGAGCUCUUAGCCCAGCACAUGGCAUGUUUCCCAGCUUGAUGACCUGGUAUCAAGGCUGGACGGGGUUUGCAGGCACGAAGAUGCUGGCCUUUUGCCCCUGCCAUCCCCAUCCAAUGAACCUUCACACUUGUCCUGUCAUGAGGGCCAAAAGCCCAUCCCCACCCCAGUGUCAGACUGGCUAGGUCAGGGUUCAGAGCCUAGCUCCCUCUGGGCUAAAGCAGGGUAAUCUUUUUAGAGCUCAGUUUUUUCUCAUGUAAUAUGGGUAUAUCUUCCUAAUAGUUCAAUAACAAUGCGCCCAAGGACAGUGCUAGGUUGUAUAAAUAAACCCUCAUCCCAGAAGAUUCCAGGCCACUCUCAAGUCUACAGCCUGAGCAAGAAAAUGGAGCCCAGCUCACUGAUGCUGACACCAGCUCUACCAAUUGUUAAUGCAAGCUUUUAUUUGGCUGUAUAUACAAUUCAAGCUAUUAAAAUUUGUACAAUAUUUACAAAUUAAAUAAUCA